AUGUCUGCGCCGAACAGCCCGCCUCGCGCACCCCCCAUCAAGUAUUCAGCGCCCCUCGGGACCCGCUGGCAGAAGGAGAAGGCCGCAGCUGGACACAAUGCUUUUGAUUUGCCGGACGACCCGAAGUACGUUGGCCCCUGGGUUAUCGGCGAGUGCGUAGGGAAGGGCGCCAGCGGGCGCGUCAAGAUCGCUAAACAUCGCCGUACGGGCCAGCUUGCUGCAGUGAAGAUUCUGCCGCUCCAGCCUAUACAAGCCAAGUCGGAGAAGCAGCGGCUCGGAAUCGACAGGGAGAUUACUAUGAUGAAACUCAUGAACCACCCGAAUAUCAUGCGCAUAUACGAUGUCUACGAAGGCGACAAGGAGCUGUAUCUUAUCUUGGAAUACGUUGAAGGAGGAGAACUGUUCGAUUACCUUGUCAACCAUGGUAAACUGCGCACCCUUCAGGCUCUGGCGUACUUCAAGCAGAUUGUCUAUGGUCUCAACUACGCUCACACCUUUGCGAUCAUUCACCGGGACCUCAAGCCAGAGAAUAUCCUCAUCCAGUCGUUCAACCCUCCUCUCAUCAAGAUAGCUGACUGGGGUAUGGCUGCUUUCGCUCCUCCCGAUCGACAACUGGAUACUAGUUGCGGUAGCCCUCAUUAUGCGAGCCCUGAGAUCGUCAAUGGAUCGAAAUACGAAGGUACUGCGACCGAUAUCUGGAGCUGCGGCGUGAUCUUGUUUGCUCUGGUGACUGGUCGGCUUCCUUUCGACGAUAAGAACGUCCGGACGCUACUCAGCAAAGUCAAAGUGGGAAAAUACGAGGUACCCGCCUACGUCGACCCCCAAGCGAAAGACCUUAUAACCCGUAUGCUGGUUGUGGACGUCGCUAAGCGUAUCACCCAUCAUCCAUCCUCAACGUCUCCGACCUGUUCGCAUGGCGACUGCUCCGCCUGUGGCAUAUGA